AUAAUAUGAAGGUUGAUAAUAAGUAAUAACUAUCUCAUUAGUUAUGUUACUGAGUGUUAAUAGUGACUGACAAGUAACAAGAUUUGUAAUACUGUAAAUGAAGAAGAGACUAAAUAUCAUCUAAGUCCUAUAGGAACGACUAAAUCAAUAAGCGGUCUAUAUAAAUAAUUCUUGAACAUUCUGUAACCUAUCAAUUCGAUUUUUUAGAUCUAUUGAGCGCACACGACAACAAUCAUAGAACUGCAAUUUGUCAUUCGAUAAGUCAUGUCGUUUGACGUCAGAAAAUUUGCAAAGUCAAGUAAAAAACAAUGUCUCUUAUUUCUUCUGCUCCUUUUGCAUCUAACAGUAGUCACAUGUGGACCUACCACCAAUUAUUGCACGAUAACAUGCCGGAGAGAAAAACAUACCGUUUGUAAGAGGAGACAUAAUUGUAGCCCAGUCAAAGGGUGCCAAUAUAUUGAACCAACGGUGGAAUUUAGGGAGCUUAUGGUCAAACAACAUAAUGAGCUGAGAAAUAAGAUUGCCAGUGGAGGCGAUGGAAGCCAGUAUGGUAAUAAGGGCGCAAAGAAUAUGAACGCAGUCUCUUACGAUAUGGAAAUGGAGUAUAUUGCCCAAUGUUGGGCGAAUACAUGCAGAACAUUGGAGCAUGACAAAUGCAGAAGUAGUAAAAGAUUCUCCUGUGGGCAAAACAUCUUUUGGGGUUCUAACACCAACGAAACUACACAUGGUGUCCAGGCUUGGUACAACGAGAUCCAGUACAUGACCAACCCGGCCUGGAUCGAUAAACUCGACCCCAACUCCUAUCCAAAUGACAAGAAGCAGCGUGGUCACUUCACUCAGCUGAUUUGGGCUGACAACAAGUAUAUAGGUUGCGCAAGGGUUCGAUACGGUAAAGACCAUAGGCAGACCCAAUUGAUCUGCAACUACGGCCCAGCUGGUAAUGUCCUCGGACAGAGCAUCUACAAAAUGGCAGGCGACUCUUCUCAAAUAGCUACACAGUGCAAAGGUGGAAGGAAUCCUGAGUACAGCUCGCUUUGUGGAAAAAUCGAACCAAUACCAACUGAAAAAUGUUGGGCUGGUGCUGCCAGUUUGGUUUCUAAUGUGAGCUUGGUGCUAUGUUUGGUUUUGUUUGCUCAAUCAAUAGGAACUUUGUCAUUUUUGCGAAUUGGUUUAUAAGAUAUAGAAGAUUAGAAGAAGCGAACGUGAGGUUUUAUUGGGUAUCCUAUUAUAAGCGGUCUAUUUUGCGAUUCUGACGAUUGCGUUUAGCAUGGUGUAGAUGGUUUUCAUGGUCUGUGAAAUAAAAAAGGAUACAAUUACACAUUAUUCUAAUGGAUGUGAUGAUCUCUGUUAAAUAUUAAUUAAUAGAAGUAUUAACAUUUUUAACCACAAUGUGUAUUUGUAUUUUAGCAAAAAAGUGUAAAUACAAGAUAUUAAGGAUUUUAAACCUCUAAUAAAAGUGGAAAGGAAUAUUUCCACGUCAGGUAUAUUGUGAAAUGCUCAUUAUAACAGCUUCAAAUAUUCACCAACAACAUUUGAAUUUGCUGCGCCUUCUUAGGUCAAAGUAAAAUAAAGUUAACUGCUUUUUA